AUGAUCGAUCUGAAGCAACAUUUUCACAGGUCAAAAUGGGAGCGGCCGGUCUCGUGCAUUCGCCAGCGCAGCGUCAUUCAUAAAGCAAUUGGCUAUACCUUCAAUAAUUCACCUGACAUCCUGCCCACCCACUUGAAGCCGAAGGGAUCUUUGUUUCUCGGGCCAUUCACGGACUCUAUCAUUCAUUGUUUUACAGACUCCACGACGCCGGCGUGCGUUUCAAAUCAAGCGGCCGUGAAUUUUUCUACCAUUGUGUUGCGAAAAUCACGUUUGCGACAGGACCUCUAUCAAUCAGGGAGACCCCCGGGGAUCGUUUCCGACCAGGUGUCCUUUUGGAAUGUACGCCGAAAAACUUCGCUUGAAGUUGAAAAAAAUCAUAGUGCAUUGUCCGUUUCUGAGUAG